UCACGCUUCUAUUUUGCCAAAUGACUCCAAACCCGUAAAACGUCCCCACUGGCCACUACUAGUUCUCUCUCUCUCUCUCUCGUGAGUCUCGUUUCCACUCCACACCCUUUUGCCGAGCUUUCCACAAUGGAGAACUACUCCUACCCGGACUCCCGCGAGUCGUCCCCACGCUCCCGCGAAAUCGACUGCGACACUCCCUCCUGGGACGAUCAGCCUCCCUCCUCCGCCGCCGCCGCCGCCACCUACAAGGUCAAGCUCAUGUGCAGCUACGGCGGCAAAAUCCAGCCCCGGCCCCACGACAACCAGCUCGCCUACGUCGGCGGCGACACCAAAAUCCUCGCCGUCGAUCGCAGCAUCAAGCUCUCCGCCUUCAUUUCCAAGCUCUCCUCCCUCUGCGAAACCCCCGACGGCGCCGUCUGCUUCAAGUACCAGCUCCCCGGCGAGGAUCUCGACGCCCUCAUCUCCGUCACCAACGACGAGGACCUCGACCACAUGAUGAUCGAGUACGACCGCCUCUACCGCGCCUCCGCUAAGCCCGCGCGUCUCAGACUCUUCCUCUUCCCGAUCAACCCUUCCGCUCCGGCCAGCUUCGGCUCCAACGAGUCCAAGUCCGAGCGCCAGUGGUUCGUCGACGCCUUGAAUUCCGUUCAGAUCCAGUCCCCGGAAGGCUCCUCUCCCACCGCUCCGGUCUCCGCCUCCUCCACCAACCCCGAUUUCCUCUUCGGAUUCGACAAGGGAUACGCCGCCGCCGCCGCUCCCGUCGCGAAAUUGCCUGAUUCCGUCACGCCUCCGACUGUUCCUGAUUCGCUUGUGAAGAACACGCUCGCCGCCGGACCGGAAUUGGUCUCGGAGCCGACGCUGUCUCAAUUCGAGAUUCAGAGGCAGAUUCAGGAGCUACACAGAAUGCAAAUUGCUGCCGGUCACGAGCCGACUAUCUAUCAGAGGAAAAACGAAGAGGUUCCGAACCCUCGGGCUUACACAGCUGAUUAUUACUCUCAGAAGCUUCCAGAAAACAUAGCUGCUCCGGCGCCACCGGGAGCCGCUCCUGUUCCAAUGCCGGCACACAUGCAAUUUCCGACUUCUUAUAUGCCGGAAAGGCACAUAAACACUGGAAGUUAUCAGGUGGCGGCGGCUCCCGGUGGAGGCGAGCAGCCUGUGUACCUCAUUUCCACACCAGCUGGUGUAUACCAGGCUCCGGCUCAUAGACCGGCCACUGGACCAGUCGGGCAGGCUUACUAUGGUGUACCGCAGAGAAUGGUUCCCGAGGUGUACCGUGACGCACAGGCAUACAAUACGGCAGUGGCAGCUCAGCAGCAGCAGCAGCAACAACAACAGCAGCAAGCAAAGGUGGCUGCUUACAGUGAAGGGUUUACACAAGUGGGUUAUGACAAUUCUGGGAGGCAAGUGUACUACACUACAGCCGGAGGCGCGGUGGCUUCAUCUUACCAGACUGUGGCGCCAGUACCGGUUGCUGUUGAUGCAAGACAAGGUGGUGGUGGCGCUUUGAAUCAAAUUCAAGACGGUGCUAGGUGAAGAGCAGGAGGGCUACAGUAGGAAACUGUGACCAUCUCUGCAGAAGAAGGGUCGGUUCUAAAUCACCCUAUGAUCUCUCUUGCUCAAUCAAUUUAUUAAUUUAAAAUUCACUAAAAUUUUAUCCCAACUGGAAUGUUCUUAUGUCCAAACCUUAUGGCCAAUAUAUUGUAAAAGAAUGUUAAAAGACAUCGUAUCAGAUACUUCAAUAGGCAACUUAUAAAUGUUUUUAAGUCAUUGGACA